CAAUCUCACUCAUAAUGUCAUAGCUCUCAACUUCUCGUCUUUCUCGCUACACACAAAUCCCCAAAGUCGCAAAACACAGAAAUCCUUUUCCACCUCCCCAAGUUUCCGAUCAGCAACAACGGCGAGCAAAGCCGCCGUCGCCGGCUUCCGCCACCUCCUCCCUCAUAUCUCCUAUAAAUUAUCUUAAUUUGAUGAAGAUUGAUUUUAGUGGGCUCGAUCCCGCCAUGCCGGUUAGGGCAAAUGCGGAUGAUUUGGAUAACGAGAUUUUGGCUGCACCAUCGUUUAAACUUCCUGUCACUGUUGAUUAUGAUGGGUUUCAGAAAGCAGCAGUGCAGAUGGUGAAGCCAGCCAAGGGAACGACAACUCUGGCUUUUAUAUUCAAAGAUGGUGUCAUGGUGGCUGCUGAUUCGCGUGCGAGCAUGGGAGGAUAUAUUUCAUCACAAUCUGUCAAGAAAAUCAUUGAAAUCAACCCCUACAUGCUUGGUACAAUGGCUGGAGGAGCUGCUGACUGCCAGUUCUGGCACAGGAAUCUCGGAAUUAAGUGUCGUUUACAUGAAUUGGCUAAUAAGAGAAGAAUUUCUGUUGCUGGAGCUUCAAAAUUGUUGGCGAACAUACUGUACUCCUACCGAGGAAUGGGUUUGUCUGUUGGAACUAUGAUAGCUGGCUGGGAUGAAAAGGGCCCUGGUCUCUACUACGUUGACAGUGAAGGUGGUCGGCUGAAAGGCACCAGAUUCUCUGUUGGGUCUGGUUCUCCAUAUGCUUAUGGUGUCUUGGAUAGUGGAUACCGCUUUGAUUUGUCUGUUGAGGAAGCUGCGGAGCUGGCUAGAAGAGCAAUCUAUCAUGCUACAUUCCGUGAUGGAGCCAGUGGUGGUGUUGCCAGCGUAUACCAUGUUGGUCCCAGUGGAUGGAAAAAGCUUUCUGGCGAUGAUGUCGGAGAGCUCCACUAUACGUACUAUCCUGUUGAACCCACCACGGUGGAGCAAGAGAUGGCUGAAGUACCAAUUGCAUGAGUUAGUAUCUUUAGCUUUCAUUCCUCAUUUUCAUUCUCUCUUGCUAAAGUCACUGCCCUAGCCCUAGCCCAUUCGUGUGUUCACUCAAAACAAUUUUUUGGUGACUGCUAAUAUCGGAAGGCUCAAGGGAAAGAACCCUGCAACUUGUAUGAAGGAACACCUAUUGCAUAUGUUCUGCAUUCGAAAAGCAUAA